CCGCUAUCUUUCUUCAUGCAUGACAUCGUCGGCGGCACGAACCCGACGGCUCGAGCGGUGACCGGAGUUGUGACGAACCCAGCUUUGAACGCACAAGUUGCCUUCGCCAAGCCCAACGGAGCAAACAUUCCUCUCGACGGCGGCCUCCCACAGAACAACCAGAACGCCGGCUUCCUCAAUAACAACAACCUCCCCUUCCUCACCGGCCUAAGUGGCAACACAGGGAACGUAGUCAACACUAACAACCGCAACUUUUUCGUCAACAACAAUAACAACGGCGGAGCUGGUUUUCCGGUGACAAAUGUGAAUAACAUCCCCGCCGGAAUGACGCUUCAGAAACUGAUGUUUGGGACAAUGACUGUGUUUGACGAUGAGUUAACAGAAGGCCACGAGUUGGGUUCCGGCAUGGUGGGUAAAGCACAAGGCUUUUAUAUCGCAAGUGCUGUGGAUGGCACAAGUCAAGUGCUGGCUUUCACGGCCAUGUUUGAAGAGAAUGGCUAUGGCGAUGGCAUAAGUUUUUUCGGAGUUCACAGAACUCAGGUGUCCGAAUCGCAUCUGGCGGUGAUGGGAGGGACAGGGAAGUAUCUGAAUGCUAAAGGGUAUGCCAUCGUGAAGACAUUUCCGGUGACCGGCGGCGAUCUGCAACAUGAAGGAGAUGGAGUGCAGACUCUGCUUCAAGUUACAGUGUAUCUGGAGUGA